AUGUCAAACAGAAGAACAUCAACCUAUCUAUCAAAUAUCUCGUCACCGACUACACCUCGCGCUACAAAUGUUGCUUUCUCCUAUCUGCUGCCAGUUGCCUUUGGUUUAAUUGCUGCCAUCGCUCUUAUUGGCAACGGUCUUCUUUGCGUUGUUAUACUGAAGAAUUAUCGGAUGCUUAGAUCUGCAUAUAACUUGCUGAUAUUCAGCCUGGCUGUGACAGACAUGCUAACAGGUAGAACGUUUUUAGAAAUCAGCUUCUUUGCCUUGUAAUUGACGAAGAAACCAUCGGACACAUGUAGACCUACAAAUUACCGAUUGUAACACUUGGUGACGAGUGUGAAAGAGGGUGUCUACUCUUAAGAUACGCACUGUACAUAAUAUCUUGGUUAGAAGCAUCAGACUUUCUUAUGCCAACACAAAGUUGAACGUAUUUUGCAGGAUAUCGAGUUAACCACACUAAAUAUGACGCUAAGGCCCGGUUCAGACGCAGAACUUUUCAUGGCCGAGUCAAAUUAUUUAGACCGGCGUAAUUGAUUCAGACGUCGACCUUAAUAUUGAAACAGGCGUUCCUUAUUGAUUCAGACGCCGAACUUUUCAUGUUUCAAUGUAUUAGGUUCUGCUCAUGAAAAGUUCGGCCUCCUGAAGCGGACCUAGUACAAUUUAUUGAGGAAAUCAGAUAAAAAGUGUAAAAAAAGUCAUGCAGUAGACAUCACAUUGACGAUGCCGAUCAUUGUAACAACUGAUGACUUCAUCUGAUUGUAAAUCUUAAAUAGAAUAUAGGCGGUAAGAUCUAUUUGAUACAAGAAAGGAUUAGUAAACUGUGAAAUCAUUAAUCUCAAACACAAGAUAAAACAUGUCUAGUUUGGCAUAGGCAUAUUUCGACCUGCAAGGCAUAUAUUUGUUGAUAUUCUAGCAACCUCAUUCUUUGUCUCAUCUUUAUUUUCAAGGAGUGUUUAUUGGUGUGACGCCAAACUACCUUGUCUCCCUAAGCUCGUACCAGGCUCCCAGUGGAUUACCUGGGGUAAUUUUCUGCAAAGUCAUUGGUUCCCAGUACUUCGUGUUUCUACUUGGUAAAGUGUCCUGUCUCACGGUCACGUGUCUUGCUGUGGAAAGAUGGUACUCUGUGGUUAAGCCUGUCAAAUAUCGACUUAAGUUUAAGAGACGACGAGUUUAUGUGUAUCUUUUGAUCAUGUGGUUAACCUGUCUUUUAUUGCAUUCAUUUGUACUAUUCGAAAUCACGCUUGACGAAAAAAACCUGCGAUGUGUGUGGAUAACAUCCGCUUUCCCCAAAGAACUUACGGUAAUGACAUACACCAUCGUGACAUUCUUUGUUCCAAAUACAGUUACUUGGGUUACUUAUCUUCACAUUUCUUUUGCGCUUAAGAGGUCCCCAGUAAUUAAUAAAAAUAAUACGCGUUUCACUCGCACACGGUUUAAGCUUCUGCGCAUGUGUAUUAUAGUAGCCCUGCUUUUAACAAUAUGCUGGUUUCCAAAUCAGCUUUAUUAUGCCUUGGCUUCUUAUGACCUUGUCAGACUGGAGUCGCCUUUCCAUCACUUCACUAUCGUCCUUGCUAUGUUCAACUCGUGCACCAAUCCUGUCAUUUAUUGCUCCACAAACCGGGAAUAUAGAAAAGGGUUUCUUAUGCUACUUUGCCCUUUCUUUAAUUCCUGCCGAUGCAAGAAACGAAGGGAGAUAAGUCUAGCACAGGAAAACAGAUCGAGAGUAGCAAGUGGAGAAUUUGAAAUGGAAACAUUUGACGGUGGUGUGAUGUUGACUUUUCGUAAUUUGGUCAAUCAAGGUUACGAUGUCGACGACUGCAAGCAAGAGGAAACCAGUGGUGUUUGCAGUGAGCUUAUUUGA